AUGAGAAGCGAAAGUAAGCUCAUGAAUCAAUGUUUCAAUGGAAAAUAUAACAUUUGUUUUAAUCUCAAGGGAAAAAGAGAAGAUGAAAAGGAAAAGAAAAAUGAAAAAAUCAUAUUGCACAAUUGCAUCCAAACCUUGCUAUCAGAUCCAAUAGUUGUUUUGUACACAGACGACAAUUAUAUAUGUACAGGAUCACUAACUGGGAAAGUGUGCUUAUUCAAAAUAACGAAGAAAGAGAAUAAGGAAAUUAACACCGAGAUUUGCCUUAUUGAAAGUAAAUCCAAAAGGGCAGAAUUGGAUAAGAAUAACUUAACUGAUUUUAGUAGUAAAAAUAUAAACAGCACUCCCAAGCGUAAUUUUGUGGAACAGAAUUCUAAGGUUAAAGAAAACGGGAAUGAAAAUAGCAGAAGUUACAAUAUUGGAAUAGGUACUGGUAGCAAAAAUAGUGGUACUAUUGAGGUAAUUGAAAAGUAUAACAUUUUGUGUAUGUUUAGAAAUAACAGUAUAAAAUCAAUUUACAUAGACAAGAAGUAUGCCUAUGUAUACUAUGAAAGUUGUAUAGAUGUAUUUUGCAUAAAAACAUAUCAAUUUAUAAAGAAAAUUAACGUUGAAGUAACAAAUAACAAGCAAGUAAUAUAUUUUGAAAAUUUGAUUUUAUUUAAUAAUUCUAAAAGCUUAUUCAUAUACGAUAUUAGAAAUAACUGCACUAGCUAUUUUUAUAAAAAUUUUUUAAAAAAUAUUGUCAUAUUUGAUUUUAAUGUAAAUUACUUGUUGUGUUAUAAGAACAAUUUCGGUAAAUGUCAUAUUCGAGUUUUACAAAUUAAUAUAAAUGCACAAAAGUGUGAACAUGAAUUAAUUUUUUGUGUCGAUUUUUCUUCAAAAUUUAUAAGUCAUGGGAAAUUUCUGGACGAUGAAAAAAUUAUUGUAGCAAAAAAUGGAAGACGAUUAAUCAUAUUUGAUUUUAAAAAAGCUGUAGAUAUGUAUAGAAUUAAGAAAUUAAAAAAAAAAAUUUUAGAUAUUUACAAAUCAGUAGAAAAUUUGCUAUUCAUAUUGGUUGAAAAUGAAAUCUUCAUAUUUAAUUUAUCAACAUUUAUAUUUUACAAAUGUGUACGAUUGCCCACCGGCCUCUUUUAUUUUAAAUGGUCCUAUUUCAUACGACACAAGAAUAACAAAAUUAUUUUUUCCUGCGACAGGGGAAUUUACUUUAUAGAUUAUCCCAUUGAGGAGGGGGGUUGA